GAGGAAGCAUAAUAACAAAGAAAAAUUUCGACAAGCUAUUUUCAAACAAUCGCGAUUUGCAACCAAACAAAAUGUGAUAAUCGUAUUAUUGUUAACAAAUAGUCAAACUCAACAAUAUGGACAAGUCCAGUGUGUACGAGAAGUUCACCGGGCAUGUGGACCAACUGCGUAACACCGAAUGCAGUCAAAAGCAAAAGAUUGCCUGCUUUCAGCAGAUCGCGGAAUGCAUCAUGUCUCCCUCGCUGGCGAGUCACAUCAACUAUGCCGCUCAUUGUGGCACUGCCACCAAUGUGUUGUUGCUAUUUUGCGAGGAUCUUGAUUCUGUGGUGCGUAUGAGCGCCGAGGAGAAUCUCAAUAAAAUCUUUCGUGCCUUGGAGAAGACGCGUGUCAGUCGCAUCUUAAUGGAUCUGUAUGGUGAAAUCAAGCGGAACGGUAAUCAGCGUUCACUUCGCAUCUGCCUUAAUCUAUUCUCGUACUAUGCGCCACAAAUCAAGGAGAAGCACAUCAAGUGGUAUGCUCUGCGACUGUUGCAAUGCAUGUCCACAAUGUCACAGCGCAAAGAGACGCUGCUCCAAGAGACACUUUGUGAUUUUGUCAAACAUUUCGGACGCUACGUGCAACAGGGACUCAACGAUAGCGAAACGUGCACGCUGUUUGAGACAUUCCUUGGCAACAUUAGCGCCGAUUGCGCGGUGAAGCGACGUUGUUCGGCCCAAAAUUGCAUCAGUUUGAUUGAGCAUGCGCGCAAUAGAAGCCUUAUGGCCAGACAUGGACUGAACAAAGUGAUUGAGAUGCUGCUGAUGGAUCAACAAACGAGCUGCGUGCUUGGCGCUUUGGGUUUGCUGCGUCUCCUCUUGCCGCAGCUCAUACGCGGCUAUUCGUCUGAUUACCAGGAUGAUGGCGACUCCUUGGCGGAACCACAGCACCAACAACAGCAGCAGCAGCAGCAGCAGCUGGCUGUAACGUCAGAGUGUCGACAAAUUAUUGAAAUUUAUGAUUAUUGUUUGCACCUGCUGAGCACGCAGCAGACAACGAAUCACGCCAUCAUAAAUGCGGCACUGGAGGUCAUCAAUGGCAUACUUCAAGCAUUGGAUGCGAGUCCAAUAACAAUGCCAGCGAAUGCCAGUGGUGGUGGUGGUGGGGAGAGGGAAAGUCUUGGGCAAAGUUUGCGCCAACUGCUGUGCAAUCAACAACUGGAGCACAAUGAGUAUUUGCGGCGAAGGAAAUCAUUAAAAAAUCAAAUAUUCCAAUUGAAAAAUUACGAACUGGGGGCAAGUCAACAACAUCAGCAGCAGCAACAGCAGGCGGCAGCAACUCCAGCUGCACGACAAAUGCAAAUGCAAAAGAAUUCAAAUGCCAAACUGCAACAGCAAAAGUGUCAGGAGCAACAACAACAACAACAGCUGCAGCGGAGUGGAGAAGGAGGCGGAGGACUACUACUACAAAGUGGCAGCAACUUGCUGCAAGUCGUGGGAAUUAAUGCCGUUGCUGAUGAUGCUGACACCGAGAAAGAUGCUGCUGCUGCAGUGAGUUCCGCUGCUGAUGAAGGCAAAAAAGCAACGCGACGUAAUAUUAGAAAUACUGCACGCAGCAUUAGCGAAUGUGUUGCAAGCAGCGCAUCGGACGAUGAAGAGGAGCAACAACAGCAGCAGCAACAUGAUGACGAUGAUGCUGACGAUGACAUGGAGCUGCUGAGCGCCAUUGCGGAUGAUGAGUACGAUGGCUUUACAACGCUGUCGCAACUAAAUGAAGCAACACAACAAAGCAUGCCAGCAACAACAACAAUAGGCACAACAUCAGCAACAACUACAACGAUUGAUAAACUGAUUGAUGUCGCUGGUACAACUGGUUGCGAAAAUGUUACGUCGUCGCCUAAACCUCAGGCCGUGCAGCAUCAGAGCUCGCUGCAGAAUCUGCUUGCCAGCGAUGACAGAUCCCAGCAUUUGAGUGACAUCGACAAUGAAUCCUUCAACAGCAUCGAUUUCGAUGCGGAAAUAACAAUUGCUGGCGUCAGGGAGCAGCAGCAGCAGCAACAACAGCAACAACAACAACAGACAACGACAACCGCAACAAUGGAGUCGACAACUGAUUCAAUGCCAGAUGAGACAACAACAAUUGGCACAUUCUUCAACAAUUUGUUGUCGCAUUCAAAUGCAGCCUCAGAGUCGGUCAGUAAGCUCUUUCGUCAAUCAAGUGGCCCCAAGUCCAGCAACACGCCUUCGAAGUCGGCGCCAACCACUGAUAAAUCGGAUGCCGCAUCGACGGCCUCCCUAACGCUCUCGCUCAGCUCCUCGCUGGCCAGCAGCAGUGUCCAGGAGCGUCAUCCCUCGAUAGCCGAAACGCCCACGCCCAUCGAGGAGUCCGCUUCAGCGAGUGCCUCGUAUACGGCAUCCACAGCGCUGCUGAUGGAUGCACCAACCGUAAAAGUGGAAGACGAAGUGGAGGAGCCGCAACUGCGACGCACACCAAAUGCUAAUCCCUUUCUGGCCGAGAACUCGCCGCUGAAACAGACGAUUUUGGCCCAAGCACUAAUCAGCAUUAAAAUUGGCAGCAUACUCGAGCAAUCGCUGGUCUACUAUACCGCUCGUCUGCUCGCCGCACGUUUUCUGCUCACAGGUCGAGCUGCUGGACUGCAGCCAGACAACGUUAGCCGGGUGUCCAUCAAGAGUUUGUCACUGACAGUGAUUGCCAGCUGUGUGCGCCUGGCACCGCGUGUGCUCCAACUGCCGCUGGAGAUCAGCGAGCUGGAGUUGCAGCUGCUGACGGAGACUGUGAGUGGCGACAGCACUCAAGCUUCGAGUCCGCAGAGCAGCAACGAUUCACAUCGCAGCGAGGAGCUUGGUCAGCUAGAGCGUGAUUCGUUGAGCGGUUCAUUGCUGCAGUCGUGUGAUGAUGUUGACAAUCAGCUGCUGCUGCUUGACAUCAAAGACGAUCACUUUGGUCCGAGCACGGGACCAGCUUACUUGCAACAAACGCCGCUCAGUCGUAGUGCUGAUGCUGCACUCUUGCAACAACAACUAGAGGCUAGACGACUGUCAAAUACACAGAAAUCGAAUACGAAACUCACGCGAUCCGAGAUCAUUGGCAGCUCGUAUCGCAUCACGAUUGCUGCCGAAGAUGCGCCACCAACGGCGUUGCCUCCACGUCCUCCCAAGCGCACCAAAUCACUGCGCAAGCGCCCCUCCACGGAGGUGGGAAGCGUUGUGCCCACACCAACUGUAGCUGCUGGCGGCCAAGCUGUGUCGGAUGUGCUGCUCUUUCACGCUCACUGUGAUCCCAUUUUGCGUGGCGGCGUGCAGCAAAUUGUGGGCAGCUUUGUGCUGGCAACGGGCGCCGGUCGCUGCCUGCAGUUGCAGCCACGUCUCAGCCUGCCGCAUUUGCUGGCCAUUUUGUUGAAGGGCUUUGAGGACGAGAUACACACAGUGGUCAUACAAGCGUUGAAUGCAUUCGAUAAGAUAUUUCCGCAUGUGGUGUCCAAAUAUUUGACAGUGCCGCCAUGUCAUUAUCAUGCUCAUCAGAAACGACAGCAGUUGCAGCAGCAGUCGGAGUCGGAGCUGGAGUCAGAGCAGCAGCAGCAGCAGCCAAGUGGACAACAAAAGGGUCCUGGCCAGGGCCAAACAUUUGGCCAACAAACUUUUACAAAGAAUCUGGAUAAUGCCUUAAGCAGUCAGCAGCAGCUACAGCAACAGCAGCAGCAGCAUCAGGACCCAAAGCAGCAACAAUGGCACUCUAACGAUGACAACUUGAAAGCAGACGAGGCCAGGAUAUGUGCCAGGUCUUCAGCCACUGAUAAUGAUGAGCUGCUCGCUGCUCUUUUGAAUGAUUUUCAAUUGCAAUCGAAUCGCAUGCAGCUGGCAGAGGACAACCAACAAUUUAAUGAGCCGGGUUCAUGCUGCGUGUUUGCCAUUUCACCGAAAUUGCUCUUGAGCAAACUUCGACUGUGUCAUUACAAUAAAUAUUGGUUGGUCCAGAAUAAAUAUGCUGAAGUUAUAUCCAAUUUGAAUUACGUACUCCUGCGCUCCUACUACGCAAAUAUCGACAGUGCCUUCGACAACGACAAUGACAAUGAUGGAAAUGUGGAGGAUAAGCGUUCUGAUGGCAUGCCUAACGCCUGCCGUUGGAAGGAGGCUGCUUACAACAAGGACAUUGUCUGCACUUAUGAGGCUCAAUUCCUGGACGAACUUCUGCAGCUGCUGGGCGAUGAUGAUGCCCGUGUACGUGAACAUGCCGCCUGCUGUCUGUGCCGCUUUAUAAUGCAAACGGCGCGCCAACAGCAGCAGCAGCAACAACAUCAGCCAACAGCAACAUCAACAUCACCAACAGCAACAGCAACAGCAGCAAAAGUAGAGGAAAGCAACUCAACUGAAACUCAACAAACUAAUUUCAAUUUGCUUUGGGAUUUUUUCGACUAUCGCAUAUUUGGCAGCAUGUCCGUGACGUUGCGUAAUUUAUUCCGGGCAAGCUCAACGAUUGCUCCGCCAAUGUCUGCGGAUGCCAUCGGCGGGCAAGGCAUCACAACAGAAGGAGUAGGUGCAGCAGCAGCAGCAUCGGCAGCAGCAGCCGCUGCGGCGUCGGCCUACUUUGAUGGCAGUUACAACGGCAACAACAUCAGCAACGGCAGCAACAUCGAUGGCAACGGCAUCUCAUCGGAUGGUCAUGUUUUUGCCAUUGGAUUUCAACGUCAAAUUGCGCAAGAGGAAAAAGUUUUGGCCAAAGUUUUGUAUCGCAUGACAAAUAAAUUGAUGACGCUGAAUGAUAAAAAUAUGCAGUUUGGCAUAAUUUACGCGCUGCGGCUGCUGCUGAGACACUUCAAUUUUGUGGACUAUCAACAGGCGUGGACGGAAUUCAAUUUCAUAGAAAUUUGCAUGAGCUACGCAUACUACAACAGUGCAACAGCUGCGGAUCUGAAUUGUCAGAACGAUUUGAUUGAUGUGAUGGCCAAAUUAAUGGCAGGUGGCAUGCUGAGCAGUGGGGAAAUGGUGCCCACAACGCAGCUGGACUUUCUGCUGCGUCACAGCGUCAAGCUGCUGAACAUCUACUAUCAUCUGGUGUGCAAUCAACGACCGUUGCAGCCGAGCAGCUCAAAGAUGGCCGGCAAGACGGGCGGCGGUGGCGGUGGCGGGAGCAAGACGAGUGAGCUCUUUACUCUCAACAGCAGCAGCAGCGCCAGGGAGUUGGCGUUGAUGCAGGCGCUGGGUUACUUUGCCAGCGAUUACGUUUACAUGAAACUUUACAACAUUUUAAGAGGUGCUAAUGACAGCUACAAGAUAACCAUAAAUCACGAGGCUGGCGGCUUAUUAAUUUGCCUGCUGAAGAGCUGCCUGAAUGCUCUGAGCUUCUGUCUGGAGGCAAUGCCGCCGCCGGCGACCGCAGCGCUGGCAACAUCAGCGUCGCCGGCGCUGAAAUUAAUUGAAGAAAUACUACAGUAUUUGACCAAGCUCAUAAAUUAUGCGCCCGGCGAGUGCGUUGCAUGUCUGCGGCAACUGUUGAAAUAUUUAUUUGGCCAAAAUUAUGCAAGCGAAGUGCAGACGCAACCCAAUAGCGAUGGCCAUGGCGAUGGCGAUGGCGAUGACUAUCACGCCGCAUUUGUUCGUCCCUAUUUUGCGGUUAGGCGUUGGUCGACCACAACGAACUUGCCAUUGUUGCCAGCUCCCACGAUGAACCCAGAGACAACAACAACAACAUCGACAUCGUUGCAACAACUAAUUGCAACGCCCAAUGUGCUACCUGCCACACUGGGCGCGAUAUUUGUGCGUGGCAUGCAGGUGGGAUCACCGCCGGCUAGCGAAUGCGUUCGGCUUAUAAAGCUAUUCGAGCCCUUGGUCAUCUACUGUCUGACGCUCUUUAUGAAGUCGAAUGCAUUGAUACAGGCGCCCAUAUUGAGGCUGCUAUCGCAGCUGCUCGAUCUGAAUGUCACCUACAGCAUACUGGACUCGAAAAGCGUUAUAUUCGAGCAAAUACUAAACAAUUUGGAUUUAAUUGAAUGCGGCAUCGAUAGAAAUGCCCACAUCACAGUGCCUGCCAUGCUGCAGUUCCUGAUGCAAUUGACGCACAAGAGCGAUCGUACGCUGAUAACCAUACCGAAGAUAAUCAGCAUCACCAACAAUUUGCUGGCCAAUGGAGCCAUUCGAGAUGUGGCACUGUUGGCACUCAAAACGCUUAGCUACGAACUGUUCUUUAUGCGCGGUCCCAACGAUGAGACACUCGACAACAUGACCAGCGAUUCAGGUGCAGCUGAUGAAACGACACAACCGCGUGGCAAAUGCCAAAGUCCGUUGACUGUGGUGCCCACACAGGAUACAAGGGAGGCGCUGUUGGCUCAGCGCCGCGAACUGGACACACAAAAGGAAGUUGUACUCGGCAUGCUGGAGAAGUUCAUUGAUGCACGCGCCGUUCAACAGUUGUUGGCCCUCUUGUUGCUGUACGAACGCAGUCUGCAGCAGUCGGAUGCCCCCGGUUACCUGAGUGCACAGGAUGCGAAUGUCGUUUAUGGGCUGCUCUGUCGCUCGCUUGCCACUGGCCAACUGCGAAUGCACACAUUUGGUGAUCUGCGGCUACUCGAAAGCUGCUUUCGCAACAAUGGCAACUAUGUGCUCGCCGGCAGCAAGGAAUUUCUGCAAUUGCUGCAGCUCUUCAUCGAGCAGGAUGUGGGCAAGUUUGGUGAUUUAGCGCUCGCAAUGAUUACGCUGGCAAAUGUAAUCCUUAAGACCGAAGAAAUUUAUCUGGUGAAUCACAUAAAACUUUAUUUGAAAAAUAAUCCAACGGCCGCUGAAGCUGCCGCCGCUGCCUCAGCUUCUACUACAACUACAACAGCAACAACAACGACGAAUGCAGUGCAGUGGCAGGAUGAAGCACCUUCGACAUCUUCGGCAGCUGCCGCAGCCAGAGCAGCGGCCAGCUCCUCGAGAGCCGCCGCCGCGCGUCCCACGAUAAGCGAAAUUAACUACUUUGCCAAAGUUCUGUGCGAAAAGCUGCUCGGCUGUCUGAAUGCGUUGCUCCACGGCAACGAAACUGGAUCAUCAUCCUCAACGACUACGACGAUUUCGACGAGUGCUGCCUAUUGCCAGCUGGCCGCUCGAUUCGUUAACGCGCUGCACAAUGUUUGCUGUCGCUCACGGCACAAGGAUGCGCUGCAAUCAGUUUUUCGUUUGGUUUUGGCCGAAUCUGAAUUUCUCUGCAAAUACUACAAUUUACUGUUGAUGAGUGCUGGCGGCGGCAGCGAAGCCCUCGAGCCGCUGCUCUUGGCCUGCCUGCAACUAUUGCUCUCGAUGCGUAUGCUGGAGCCGAUGGUGUUGCUCGCCCAGGCGGCGGACCUCCCGCUGAAGUGGAGCCUGCAGCGUGCGAUGCUGGACGAAGUUUGCCGUGCAACUGCGGCACACGAUUGGAGUCCGCAACAAGUGCGCCGCUUGUGCGCCGGCAAGUAUCUGAAUUUCCUAAUUGCUGACCACUUCGAAUUCCUUUGCGAGCUGUGCCAAGUGCGUCCCGAGUGCGUCUCAUUAUUGCAGCAGGCGCUGCUUCGCAAUGCCGCCAAGCUGAACAAACACUCGAUACGCAGCGUCUUGCGUUUACUGAGCCGCAUUUGCGAGACGAACGAUACACCUGAAGCUGCCUCAUUGCUGGCUUUGCAGCUGCUGAGUCGCCUCCAUCAGUUGCAUGCCGGACAGCGUGCCUUGCAAUUGCCCAUGGAGCGACUGGCUCGACGAUUGGCUGCCCAAAGUGACCCGGCGACGAGGAGCAGCAUCUACGAGCGACUGCUGCAGGGCGAACUGGCCGGCGAUGACGACCAGGAUGAGUGGCGUACUAUGCUGCUGAAGGACCUUGAGUGCCCGCAGGACAAUGGCGCAGCCUCGCCGCCGCGCAUAAUUGAUGAGAGCUGGCUUUUCGGUCAGCUAAUCAAAUUUGCCACACAACAUGCGGACGCACCUCAGCAGCAGCAGCAAUUGAUGCGACUCCUGCUCGAGAUCCAAUCGGAGGCCAAGUUACAGCGACUCUUGCGUAGUCUGGGAACGGUGCAGGAGGCACGACUGCUGCGUCAUGCCUUGGAUGGAGCACUGUCCUCGAUGGUUGCCGUCUUUCGGCAGAAGUGCAUACAACAUGCGCCGCACAUUAACUACAUGCAACUGCCGCCGCUGGCGCGUGUUGCAUGUGCAUCGCUGAUGUUGCGCGUGGCCAAUACGGAGCACAUCAAAGCGACGGACAAUGCCGAGCAGUUGGACGUGGUGCGGGCGUUGACCACGCUCCUGCGUUUCACACGCAGCCUCGAGGAGAUGGCGCUCAUUUACAUCGAUGCUCGGCACAUUGAAAAGUUUGUCAACGAGCAUUUGCUGCGCCACGAGCAACUGCCUGCGAUGCUCGCUUAUAUGCGCUGCUUGGCGCAUGCCUCGCGGCAGCAGCUUCAGCUGCAAUCCGAACUGCAUGCUGACCAGGAUGGGCUAAACGUGUUGUUAAGCUGUCUGGAUGCGCUGCUGCAGCAGCCUCGCAUCUGGUGGGCACUCAAUGGCAGUGCGGAUGCCACGUUGCGAGUGGAAUUGCUGGAGGUUGUGGUGCUCACAGCACGCCGCAUGCUGCAGGAUACAAUUUUCUAUCAACGACAUCGUCUGCAUGCAACGCACUCCAUCUCCGCGCCACAGGCUAUUUUCCUAGCCAAAUUGAUUGAAACGCAAAUGGAUAUGAAGUCGAAGCCAGAGUCGGAGACGGAAUUGGAGACGGAGUCGAGUCCAUGGCGAGUAGCUGGAGAGUUGACUGCGGGGCAUGAGUUGGCCCAGGUUCAAGUGCCGUUGUCGCUUAUCGCAUCCAUUGGCACCUCAUUGCUGCGCACACACGAGUUCUAUGCCUACGCUGUGACUCCCUACGAGCUCAUACAACAACAACAACAGCAGCAACAGCAACAGGCAACAAGUGAUGGCAAGUUGCCCACCAUUCCAGUGGAUAGUCUGAGUGAUGUGGAUGUGCUGCGUCAGUUUGUCAAGCGCCUCUCAAUCUUUGGCUACACAACACGCCAGCAAUUCGAGGAGUAUUUCAUGACGUUCCUGCUGCUGAUCAAUAAAGUGUACGAUGAGCAUAUGGUCGAUCAACAGGAACAGUUUCAGAUCAAGCAAGUCUGCCUGCAGGCCAUCAUGGAACUUUUAACGACAUACAAAACUUUCCCCAUUGUCGGACAUGGCAAUAGUCAGUUUUAUCACACGACUCGCUGGCAGCGCAUCAAUUGUGACAGCAUUAGUUUGAAGAAGUUGCACAAGGUGCAGCUGCUUGUCGAUGCGUGCAACAACGUCUUCUAUCAGGCCAAUCUGGAGCGUCAGACGCGGCGGCAGAACAAUGUGAUUGGCACACGCAACUUUGCGGCCAAUCAAUGCGAUCUCAAUUUCAGUUGGGCUCAAAUGGAAGCGUACGCACAGCCCCAACCCCACAUGCCACAUGCCACCGCCGCCGCCGAUGCCAGCAACAGCAACAGCAGCCCAUCGGAUGAGUCAGACAGUCAGGUGGCUGCCACAGAACGGCGGCAAUCCAGUAGCAACAGCAACAUGACUGACACCACCUGGCGCAACUAUAGUCACUUUGUGCAACUGUCGGGCAUUGAUUUUCGCAGCAGCAUGCAGCUGGUCUUCGAUGUGCUGCAACAGAUGAUCGAGCAAAAUCACAUUCUGGUGCUGCCAAACCUCGUGAAGUUCAGCGAAAUCUGCGAGAGUCGUGAUCAAAUCAAGUGGAUUAAGGAGCGCACAAUGCGGCUGCAGGAGCAAAUUGCGAUGGACGAUACCAUAUCACAUCAGCACAUAAUCUACUUACUGUGCCGCACACAAGCGCUGCUGAUGCCCAGCUACGGGGAGCUGCAACACUUGGCCGCACUGAUUGGCAACGUCUACCUGAAGAGUUCGCAUUGCUUCAUACGCAUUGCGGCGCUGCAGGGUCUGCUCUGUCUAUUAGAAUGCUGCAGCCGCACCAAUACGGCGAUGGGCAAACUCAGCGAUGAGCUCGCAUUGUUGCGUGACUUAAUUGUGGGCUAUAUCAAUCGUCAUGGCAUCAUUGAUGAGAGCCCGUUGCAGUUCAGUUCAGCACACACGAAACUGGUCUGGACGCUCAAUUACAGCCUGAUCGAGUGGACAUCGAAAUUUGUGCCCCAAUGCCAUUUGCUAUCGAAUACGAUAAUUGCGGCCAACAGUUUCCUAAAGAACACCCACAACGAGGAUCUCUAUUUGUGUGUGUUGCAUGGUCUCGAGCGCAUGGUGGUGAACAGUGGCAAUGGAAAAGGCAGUGCAAUGCCUACCACAACGGAGGCAACCGGAAGUGGCGCGUUGCGUGGUGCCGGAGACUCUGGAGGCGGAGGUGGAGUUGUGGUCACACCACAGUUGCGACAUAAAAUUGAAAAACUUGCGCUCGAAUUGCUGAAAAUGGAAAAUGAGAAAUUUUCAAUUCCGGCAUUGAAAUUGCUUUUGUCCUGCAUGUAUGUGGGCUCUGCGGCGCAGCUGGAGAACACGGAGCUAUCGAAUGGCAUUGUGCAGGACGAUCCGGAGAUAAUCGCGCUGCAAAACGAUAAAGUCGAUAUACUUUUGCAUUGUAUUAAAUCAUCGACUCGAGACGCCGCCUGGAUUUAUGGACAAGUGCUGUGCCAAAUUAUACGUGAUUUAGUGCCACCGAAUGAAAUAUUGACGAAGGUCAUAAAGGAGUUUCUGGCCAUAAAUCAACCGCAUGGCGAUGUUAUUGCCACGAUUGUGUAUCAGGUGUUUCGCUCCGCUAUUGACUCAUCGUUCCUACAAAUGCUGCAGGACUGGCUGAUCUGUACGCUGCCAACGUUCCUCGCCCAGCCGGAGGAGCAAGGUGUCUGGGGUCUGAGCGUCAUCUUUUUAUCCGCUUCCAUAAAUCUGCAUUUGAUUAAACUAUUUCCGCUGGUGCUUGGCAUCGGUGGCGUCUCGACAACGGCGGCGGCUGCAACAACAACAACGAAUACAACAACAACAACUGCAAGAGCAACAACAGGAGUGCCACGGAAAUUGGGUCAACACGAAAUUGCAUUGUUCGUGACAGCUGCACAAGAUUUCCAUGCGAAAUUGAGUGGCGAGCAGAAGUUGCGCUUUCGCGAGGCCUUUAAGAACUACGAGCAGUCUCAAGUUUAUGCCGGGAUGCUACGGCGUCUCUGCUAGCGAUAAGACCAAUGCGAAGAGCUGUGAAUUUGCUGCGAAUCGAAAUUGCACUACUCUCUACACACACACACACACACCCCCCAAAGGAUUUCACAACGGAUUUGACCAACAACAGCAACAAAAAGUUGUUCCCUGGACAAGCGCAAGCGUGAAUAACUAAUUGCUAGCAAAGUUCAAAGCGGAUGCUAACGUCCGACUUCUGCUCCUGCGUUCUCAUUCUCGUUCUCGUUCUCAACCUCAAAAGUUCUUUAAUAGUUUGAGAAUUCAAAAUUAAUUUAUGGUUUACAUUAUGUGUAACUAAUAUUUAAAUUAUAACCGCGUCUCUUCCACUCUUCGACUCUUCCCUUUUUCUAUCUGUCUCACGCUCCGCAACACUUCAAACUUUAACGACCCGCAAUUAAUUCGUGAGACGUCCCCUGUCUGCUUUUACAAAUUUUGUGUUCUUGUCAGUUUUUCGUAAAGUUUUUCAUUUAUAUAUUAUGACUUGGCUUGUUAGUCGAUCUCCACUCCCCGGGUUAAAGUUGAGCCAGCGCCGCGAGCGUUAGUAGUCAUUAGUAUGCGGCCUAAUCAAUUGCUAGUUAAUUUCAUUAAAAAUUCCAUUAUGUUAAAUCGAAAAAACAUACCCCCCACGAAUAAAAAUUCGACUUAUAUAUUCCAAUUGUAACUUAUAACAAACAAAAAUAUAUAAACUGUUUAAAAGGCUUCAAAUAAAUAUUUAAUAAAAAU